AUGGGGAUUAGGAGAGGUGCAACGGUUGAGGAGGCUGUGAUGAAUGUGCGUAGAAGGCGCAGGCAUCGUGCUGGAAUUUUGAAUGAAAUUGAAGCAAAUAUAACAGAGCUAAAGGAUAAGCUUUGUCCAUCUACUGAGGGUAUGAGUAUGUGGCGUAGGGGGUCGGGAUAUAAAGCUAGUUUCUCAACUAACGAGACUUGGAGGUUAUCAACUAUGGACAGAAUUUCAAGUUGGAGUAGAGGGGUUGAUGAAACAUGUGUCCUGUGUAAGUGUGCUCCUGGAACAAAGAAUCAUCUCUUCUUUGGUUGUUCCUUCUCUUCUCAGCUGUGGGAAUUUUUUGUGAAAGGGAUGUUGGGUAGUGCUUACACAAAUGAUUGGAAUGCGAUAGUAAUCUUGAUCGCAGAUCAGUCCAUGGAAAGAAAGAAUCUCUUCUGCGUUAGAUAUGCAUUUCAAGCUGCGGUCUAUGCGUUAUGGAGGGAAAGAAAUAAGAUCAAACAUGAUGAUAAGCCAUUGCCAUUGUCAGCUCUACGGAAGUUGGUUGAGAAAGGAGUUCGUAAUAAGCUAAGUCUGAUGAGAAUUAAAGGUGGCAAAGGAAUGCAAGGGAUUUUGCAGUAUUGGUUUGGUGCUAGAUUGUAA